UUGUUUCAUUGACCAUAAAGUCCUCCAUGAUGAUCAUCAGAUGAAGAAUAAGAUUGACUACAUGAUCAGAUGGACAAUAUUUAAUGUGGUAGGUGAUUUUAGGAAAGACACGUAUUUAGCAAAUCCAUGCAGCACUACAGGGAACCAAAAGAAAGAUGACUGGUUCAACCCCAGAUUUUAUUGGAUGGAGGAAUAAACGCGUAGAAGUUUCCACCAAUCCUUAAGCAGACCAAAAUUUCUAAAUUUACUCGGCAAAUCUUUCCCCCGGUCCCUGUACGCUUUCCAUUUAACAAACCAGCUGCCUAUAUAUAUAUGGUUCAUGCCAAAACACAGAUCAUAACCCAAACAUAGCAAAACAACAGCAUCAAUAGAGUUGCAGUAAAUGGAGGAACAUCCGGUAGGUUUUCGCUUCUAUCCAACAGAAGAAGAGCUAGUUUCAUUCUAUCUACGCAACCAGUUGGAUGGGAAUAGACAGGAAAUGCACCGUGUUAUCCCAGUCAUCAACCUUUACGAUGUGGAACCAUCGCAACUUCCAGAGCUUGCUGGCGAGCUGUGUAGAGCAGACACUGAGCAAUGGUUUUUCUUUACCCCUAGACAACAGAGGGAAACUCAUGGAGGGAGAAUUAACAGAACUACAGGUUCUGGGUACUGGAAGGCCACAGGCUCUCCAAGCUAUGUCUAUUCAUCUGAUAACCGGGUUAUUGGAUUGAAGAAAACAAUGGUUUUCUAUAGGGGGAGAGCUCCUCUAGGAAGAAAAACCAAGUGGAAGAUGAAUGAAUACACAGCCAUUGAAAUGGUAGCCAGCCCAUCUGCUGCAGGUGCCACACCUAAGGUGCAAUGAUCAAACAUGAUUAUAUUGUGCUUUUGGAUUUUAAACCCAAAGAUGAACCUUCUCCAUCUCUAAUAAUUAUUUCUAACUUACCAUUUCUUUAAUGUAGUUAAGGCAUGAAUUCUGUUUGUGCCGAGUUUAUGUGGUAUCGGGCAGCCUUCGAGCGUUUGACAGACGCCCAUCAGAAGCUGUGUCAAGAGGAACACAUCUUCAAGGUGAUGGGGCUGCAACAUCUCAAGGUGCUGCUGCCACAAUGAUGGAGAGAACAACCUCCUCAGGAACUUCAUAUUCUGGAGGAGACCAUUCUGAUCUUCCAGAAACCAGCGGAGGUAACAUUUGGGAGAUGGAAGAUCCUUUUGGUCUCCAAGAGACCAAUGGAGCUAACCUUUCAGGGGUGGAUCAUGGUCUAGAACAACCUCCAUGGCAAUGGGGACAACAAGAUUGGCCCUAAGUGGAAACAUAUUUUCUAGUUAGCAGCCCUUGAAUCACAUAGUUUAGUGGUCCCCUCAUCUAAGACUAGCAUAGCAAAACCAUUAGCUUAACCUAACCUCAGUAAGUAGAAGAUUUUUCUUAUUCUCCCCUGUAAGGUUUGCAAAAGCAAUAAGAGUUUAAGACAAUCAUUAUUCUUUAUAUGAACGUAGUCUUAAUUUUUUGUUGAGAAGAAUUGAAGCUUGAAAAAAAAAUGUAACAUAGAAAAUCAUGAGAAUUAUAUUUGAAAGUGUUCAGUUUUGAAGAUCACCUCACCUUAUUUUCAUCUGUUAAACAUCUGUCCUAAAAUUCAAAAGCUGGAUUUUCAGAACCUGGAAUAAAGGAAGAAGGGAAAC